AUGCAACAGCUCGAAGACGCUAAUUCGCACGUGGUCAGUGCUCUGGACCCGGCCACGCCCUCUGGUAGCUCUCCUGAGACGGUAGGCGGCGGUCUCCAGCCGCCCACACCGCGACACGUUCCGCUAACCGCCCACAUUACCUCGACCGCCACGCCUGCCGACAAGCUGCCGCCGACAACGCGUCCCACGUCGGUUCCCAACAACACGCCCGCGCAGAGCCCCGAGCUGCGUGGUGCAGCGCGCGUGGAGCGCGCUGCUUCUGCCCAACUUGCCGCGCUGCCGCCGCCUGUUGCGCGCCUCCACGACGCGGGCGCCCGUGAGCGAAUCCGGGGCGGCGGCAAUGGCGGCGGAGAAAGCGACGGAGAAAGCGGCGGAGAAAACGACGACGACGCGGGGCACGUGACCGGAGAGCCGGCGCGGCAGCAGCCCGAGGUCGCGUCGCACGGCGGCCGCGGCCGUGGCGCCGGUUCCGGGCCCGCGCCCGGCCCCGACAUCGACACCGACACUGGCAGUGCCUCCGCCGACCGCACUCCCACCGCGACCGCUGCCACCCCUGUGGAACCCGCCGACCGCGCUCCGCUUCCGGCCGAACCCGCUCCGCUGCCUGCCGCCGCGCUGUCGCGCGGCGGCCCGCUGCAAUUGCCCCACAUCUCCACCUUGCUGUCGCUGCCCGAAUCACAGGAAAUGCGUGGCAACUCCCCCAACUCGAUUCUGAACCGCCGCAACAUCUUCACCACCUCCGAUUCCCGCGGAAGCACGCGCAGUGCCGACAUAGAGGACCAAGGGGCGCUUAGCGCGAUCAACGCUGGCGCGGACCCCAAUUUUUCUGCCCACUCUGCCGCCAACGCGGCCGCGACCAUCUCAUCCAUACCGGUAGAUCGCGACGUUGUGACGCCCAACCGUUUCUAUUUCAACAACAACCGCUCUGCCACCGACCCCCACGCCAGUCAAGACCAUGGCAACAAAAUCAACAUCUCUUCUCUUCUCAAUUCGCGCGGCGAAGACACUUACACACUCAGGACGGGCGCAGAGCCCACUUCAUCUCCCGCAUACAGCGGCGUACUUGACGACGACGCAAUGGACGUAGACGACGUGAAACCAAUCUCUGCUGGCAGUGCCGGCAGCGCGGGCGCCGUGCCCGUGACAACCCCCAAAUACAUCAACUCCAAGCUCGACGAGGUACGAUCUCGUAUGCUACUUGGUCCCAAACGUCAAACGUCGCCCCUCUGGACUUCUCCGCGUUGCGACGAUCUCGGCGCUGCCGCCAUCAUCACUAAGAUGCGGUCCUCACCUUACGCUGCUCCAGAUGACACAAACUCAAGUCGACCGGGAUCUGCCAGUUACAGAUCACACGCCAGACCCGUGAUUCGCAUAAACCAACGCGAAUACGAGCCCGACGAAAGCGACGAACACGCUGUAAUCGAGGACGACACAGAAGACGAGUACCGCGAACUCCCCAGCGAAAACCGGGGUUCAGACAAAAUCACGUGGAACAAGAGCGGGAUGAAGAGAAGAGUUACAAGGCGCCAAUCAGCUCCAACCGUUAAUGUUAAGCGCAGGCACUCCGGCAGUGACGGGUUUACGGGCGAAAUGCGCAGCUCUCGCCAUUCCUCUACUUCUUCGACAUCAACCGUCACCUCUCUCUUGUCUGCAGCUGCACUUCUUGGGAAAGUGCCUUCUGGCGCAUCUGAAUUAACUGUUCCCACGUCUCCUACUGGAAGAGAUAAGCCGAAAAGAAAAAACACAUCUGGAUCUCGUUCUCGAACCGGUUGUUGGAUUUGCAGACUACGUAAGAAAAAGUGUUCUGAAGAGAAACCAAAUUGUCACAAUUGCCUCAGAUUAAAUCUAGAGUGCUUUUAUGACAUUGUCAAACCAGACUUUAUCUCGGACCCUGCUAAGAAGAAUGAAAAACUUGAAGAAAUCAAGAAAAAAACAAAGGAAGCCAAACGCAUGGCUAUGCGAAGAAGACCUUGA